GGUAUUGCAACCGGAGCGGAUAAUGGUAGCGCUGUGAUGCAGUGAUUAACGCAGAUUACGAAGGACUUUAUUGUGAUCUCGUGACUUAUCAUCCGGUCGAACUUUGCUCGGGAUUAGACAACAAAAGCAUAAAUGAUACCACCGCCAGCGAAAAAGCAACAGCCAACAGAAGAAACAGAUGACAUUCAGAAUCAGCCUUCGGCAAGUGGCAAUUUGGUGGAAAUGGCUGCUACUUCGGAAUGGUCAGGCGAUAAGCGCCCGUUGCUUCGGGAGGACGAAGGGGACGAAGAUGAUUGCGAUACGGAGGUGAUGGAUUUUGCACAGCGAUCCAAUUUAGGACGUGGUCAACAAAACAAAGUGAAUGGAUAUGAUGUUGUUAGAACUGAUACUACAUGUACAGAGCCUGAUCCUGUGACUACUGAUCCUCAAGAUAAAAAACCACCAUGCUCAGCAUAUUUGACUGUCGUUGUGCUAUUUUGUGUAAAUCUUCUCAAUUAUUCGGAUCGUUAUACAAUUGCAGCUAACCUCAAUGACAUACAGGAAUAUUUCAACAUUACUGAUGACAACAGUAAAGCAGGUCUCCUCCAGACGAUCUUCAUUGUAGGUUACAUGUUGACAUCACCGAUCUUUGGUUAUCUUGGUGAUCGUUACUCCAGGAAACUUCUCGUAGCCUUUGGUAUUACCACCUGGUCUGGGCUAACACUUGCUGGUUCAUUUAUCCCUGCAGAUUAUUUCUGGGCCUUUCUACUCCUCAGAGGUCUAGUAGGAAUAGGAGAAGCAAGUUAUGUAACAAUAGCUGCUACUCUAAUAGGAGAUCUCUUUGUUGGUAAUAGAAGAACAAGGAUGCUUAUGCUGUUUUACUUUGCUAUUCCAGUUGGAAGUGGUCUAGGCUAUAUAGGUGGCAAGCUUGUUGCAGAGCUAGCUGGUGAUUGGAAAUGGGCUUUAAGAUUCACACCUCCACUUGGUAUUGUGUGUGUAAUACUGAUUCUAUUCUUAGUGAAAGAACCUAAGAGAGGACAGGCUGAAACAGGUGAACAUUCUAUGGCAAACACAAGCUAUAUCACUGAUAUCAUGGCUCUCAUUAGAAACAAAAGCUAUAUUUUUUCCACCUUUGGACUGACAACUGUUUGUUGGAUAACUGGAGCUCUUGCAUUGUGGGCCGUGACUGCCGUGGAAGAUGCAUACAAAAUACAAGGCAUCGAUCCCAAUAGUGUUAGCAUCCUAUUUGGUGUUGUAACAGUAGUAUCAGGUUUCUUAGGUGUUGGUAUUGGGACCACCAUUGCCCAGUUACUGCGUAGAAAGACAGAUAAAGCAGAUCCAUUGGUCUGUGCUGCAGGCAUGUUACUCAGUGCUCCUUUUCUCUUCGUAGCGCUUCAGUUUUCUGAUCGUUCUGUUGGCAUAACAUGGACCUUUGUAUUCAUAGCUGAAACACUGAUUUGUUUGAAUUGGGCAUUGGUUCCUGAUAUACUAUUGGCUGUAUUGAUACCUACAAGGAGAUCAACAGGGAAUGCUAUUCAGAUGUUGAUAUCACAUUUAUUAGGUGAUGCCCUCAGUCCUUAUCUUGUUGGAGCGGUGUCUGAUGCAAUCCGAGACAGUGAUAAAGAUUCCGACGUUACCCAAGCUCAGUAUACUAGUCUGAUCUAUGCUCUGUAUAUGACAUGUUAUGUAACUGUUCUUGGAGGAGGGUUCUUCUUAUGCAAUGCUUUAUACUUUGCUGCUGACAAGAAGAGAGUGGAGACUAUUGUUGCAAAAAUGAAGUUAGGAAACAACUCACCACAGUCAUCUGUGAAUGUCGAUAUGAAAGAUUAAGAGGAGACCCAGGCCAAGUACAGAUCGAUGUUACUAUUACAUCAUAGGGGGAUGUCCCUAUUACAUCAUAUGGGGAAGUCCCUACUGAGAAUGAUGAUGCCUACUAUUCAACAAGAUUGGAAUUCAUUUUCACCAAAAGUCAACACUAGGCAUGUCUUCAGAGUGAAGCCUCUUUCAUCCAAGUGAUAUACAUGAUGUAGCCAGCAUAUUUAAUGAGCUGGGUGCAGAUCAAAGAAUCUCUUAUCAAAUAACAUGCAGUUGGAAUAUCUGGAAGUGGGUAGAAAUGUCUGUUAAUGUCAAGAGUUUGAAUUUUUUUAAUUACUUCUGUUACAUUGGUAAAAUUUGGGAUUUAAAACAUGAAUCAAAAGAAAUAAUUUCAUCUGAAAAAGUGAUGUUUUAGUGUAUUUUUGGUAUGAGCCCAAAUUGUAUCAUAAAUCUGAAGUGGAAAGAGAAAGAAUGAUUUUUCCUGCUAUACCUUACAUGAUGCAUAGCUUGAACCAUACUAGCUGUGAGUUUUAUACAUUUUAGAAGAAUUAUUGUGUGGUAUAGACAGGAAUAACCGUCGUUUCUGGGGAUUAUUCAACAAUUUCUGACACUUUACUGUCAUCCCCAUAUGAGUGAAGCCAACAUAGUUUAGCAAAACAAUUUACAGAGACUGAAUCUUUUGGUCUAUGUAAGGUAGAGGCAUGGUGACACAAUUUGACAACAUUUUAUGUUAAAAAAAAAGGACAUUGAAACAAUUGUCAUGAAGCAACAAAACAAAACUGCCAAAUACUUGUAGAAUGUUAGGCAGAUUGAUUAGUCUUUAGUUGCACAGACAUAAUCAUGACAUCACUCUUCUUGACUCUUGCAAGGAAUAAUUUUCCAGAUAUGACAUGACUGUUUUCUAUGCAUUUUAUUUGUAUUGUCUUGCAGGAUUUUCCACUGUACAGAACAUUGUUGAUCCCUCUUCCCCAAUUGCUAAAAUUGUCAAUUAAAUUUGGAAAGAGAAUUAUACCCUCUUCAUGAUGUCAUUGAGGAAAUCAUUAUGACAUCAUACAUCAUCAGUUGUGAUAUCACAAUGGAAUCAAUAUGAUAACACAAGUUGUACAUUAAGUUUCUUGAAUGGUAUGUAUAGAGUACAUUGAUAUUAACAAGUGGCCUUUGUUUCACCAUGUCUGAAUUCUACAAAAUAUUUUGGGGAGCUUUGUCUGACCAUGCUUCAACAAGGAUAUUUACAUUUCAUGAUGGAUUUUCAUCAGUUUAAUCUCUUUUAAAUCCUGAUGCUGAAUUUUAUCAAGACAGGUGAUCUAGGCCUGGUAACAUGAAGCUCAGCAACUGACUGCAUGUGUAUGAUCAAUUGUAAAAAGAAAUAAGUCCCAUGGUCAGUUGCUAAGCUUGCUUUGUUACAGUAUAAACUGUGUAUAGUAACCUGAAAUGAGUAAAUAGUAAAAUGUAUAUAUUCAAUCUCUCUUUAUUAUACAUGGUUUGUCAUGGAUAUCAAUGGUUCAUUCCUUUUAGCUAUUGUUCUGCCAAGAUUGCUUUGUAUAAUGACAUUACAUGCCAGUUCCAUGUCAAUUGAAAUCGUUUACUACUUACCCAAGAAUUGUAUGUUGAUGAUCAAACACCUACAUAUACAGUAUGUUGUAAGAUACUGUUUUGAUUCAAUAUUGUACCAUUAUCCUUUCUAUACUGCAUCAUCACUAGAAUAAAGCUCAUGCAAUGAAAUACAAAUCCUGCUCAUAUUCUUUAGAAUGAUUGGAAAUAAAAUGUCAUUGCUUGUUUAUACCAGAUUUCUUUUUCUUUGAUUAGAUAAUAGUGACCAACAAAACAUGGAUUGAAUGCAACAAUGGUUGAAUUAAACGUCUUUUAAAACGUUUUGAUGGAUGCAGUCAUAAAGAUAUUGAGAAGUGUAUAUUGCUUGCCAUUGUGAAGUCAUGCAUUUCUACUACGGCUUCUAAAAAACAUCCCUAUGUGAAAAGCAUGAAGGGUGUGAGUUUGCAUAAUUUUUAACAUAACACAAGUGGAUCCUAGAUUGUGAUUGUUGUCAUUAUUAUUAUCACUAUUAUUUAUGACAGAGCUGAUUUUAGGCUGAGUGAGAUAUUUUUUUUCUGUAGAGGCUAUUAGGGGUUGUACGGUACAAUUUAUUUAAAAUUCUUUUUUUUUAAAUGCAUUUUGAUCUCGUUAUUGAUCACCUUAUAUUUAUCUAGGUCAUAUUUUAUGGGAAUUCCUUAGAAAAGAACAAUAGUCAGCAAGAAUGAAGAUGAUUUCAUGUCAGAUUGUAAAUCACAAUCACUGAUAAUUGUUAUAGGAAAAAAUUCUUUGAGAAAUGUGACUAUUGAAUGAAUAUAUGUAUUCUUGAUGUAUAUAUAAAAAUAUAUGCAAUGAGGUUAUAAUGUAGUGUAUAUUUUAGGACUAAAAGGCUAUUUGUUAAAACGUUGAUACACAGAAAAGGUGCAAUCUGAUGAUUAUGCUGGUCAGUCUAAACAGUUUUCUAUAUGAAUCAUAUUGUAAUUCAGUAUCUCUUGUAUCAUGCCAGCCACUUGAUACUUUGUAGUUAAAAAUCAUUUUGUUCUCUGUGAUCCUUACCCGUCUCUAGGACUCCCUCUGUCCAUUUCUGGCAGCCUUUCUUUUCCCUUGAUUUCUAUCCCAUUUUCUUCAUCUUGUUUAUUCUACAUACUAAGAAUGUUGCUGUCUGACUUGAUAAUGGGGGGGGGGGGGCUCCCAGAUCUAAAAUUAAUCAUUUUUAAUGUGGAAUACAAAUAAAUAAGUACCUUUUGACUUUGAUACAAACUGUCACUUCCUCUGUAAUUCUGAUAUGAAUAUAUAUGCAAUCUUUCUGGAGUUUCACUAUGGGAAAAUGAUAUUACAUCCCGAUUGAAAAUGAUAGUUUGUAUUUUUUUUCAAACCACUUUCACUUAUGGUCAUUACUUGCUUACUUUCUUCCUGAUAACCUUCCUGAUUCUCCCUCUCUACAUCUCCCUUAAUUUUCACUUUUCCUUUUCCCUUCAUUUCUUUCUCUCUCUCUCCCUCCCUUCCCAUCCUUCCUUUGGAGUGCUCUAUCAUCUCUUCUCUCAUUCUUUCCCUCUCCAUCUUGCUAAAAGCUUUCCUUCACUGAGUGCAAAACUUGCUUUGUUAGUAAAUAAAAGAAAUACUGGGCAAGACAGUAGGUAUAAUAUUAACUGAGAAGUCUCAUUUUAUUUCUUAAAGAAGUAAAGUAUCAUGUAUCACACUGUACAUGUCCUGUAUACAAAGUAUACACUAUAUGAUAAUCCCCAUUUUCUAUUUUCAUGGCAAAUACUUUGUGACCAUUAACAAAAUGAAUUUUCUUUGUUUCUAUUCUUGACAUGCAUUGUACAUAUGAAUGAAAACUUUCUAUUGUUUUCAAGGAAUAAAUAUUGCUCAUUUUGUAAAAGAAAUUAAUACAAUUAAAAUAAUUUUUGAAACAAAUAUAUUCUGUAAUCGUGUGUACUUCUUGUAGUGAGUUCUUACAAAUAUGAGUAUCUUCCAUCAACAAAAGAGAGAACACUCAGACAACCUGGUACUAAAGAUUUCAGUGGUUAUAAAACACCAAAAUUACCAACAUUUUCAUGAAAUUCUUUCCUUUACAUCAUAAUUCCCUGCUUGCCACAUUUGAAAAAGCUACAGAUCAUUUUCAAUCAAAUUUUCAUAAUAUUCUAAUUAAGCAGCCUACUAUCUUUUAUGGCAUCACCAUGUUAAACUGGGUCUAGUUUCAUAAAGAUUGUUUUAAUAACAAAUGCACAAUUUUAAUAACAAGUUCACCAUCAGACUGAAGGAUUUCAGUAGCUUUUAACUAUUAUUGUGAAUUUAUUAUAACAAGUUUUAAUGAAACGGGUCCCUGGUCUGUUUUAAAUAAAAUUUUAAGACAAACUAAAAAAAUCAUAACACAUCAAAUGUGAUAAUUCAAACUUACAAGCAGGGCCAUUUUUAUUCUAGCAGCCUUACGGAAUGAAGAAUUGGAUUUAGCAUAUCUAAAAUGAACAAUAAAAACAAGUAUGCAACAUCGUAUAAUAAAAAGUUGUGUCUAACACAAAUCAACCUUGAAUCGAAGGGCACUGGCUCAGAAUUUAAAAAAGACAGAUGCCACAAUCAUUAUUUGUAGUAUUACUAUAGAGCCUCUAAAGUGACAUAUAUUCCCCUUAUUUGCUCCCACCAACUUAGAAUAAGUAUUACAUUCUUCUCUGACUAUCCUCUCAACUUAAGUCAUUCCCUCAACUCAAUUACUUGUUUCAUGACUUUAAACUACAUGUAAUUUUGAGCUGGAUGCUGUGUCUGUUUGAACAAAUUUAAUGAAACAAAGCUUGGUUGGUUGACAAUAGUACUACAUAUUUGGUUCAUGAUAUCAUUACAAUUGUAUCAGUAUUCAAUCUUAGAAAGCAGCAUGGGUAUUACUAUUCAUCUUUUUUUCUGUUGUAAGAUAGAUGGAUCCUGAUCAAUUGAUUGUCUGUGAGCUGGUCACAUUGCAUGCAUUUCUUUCACUGUUGUUUCCACCAUGUCUAUUCUUUUUUCAAAGCAAGAGUGCAUUAGGAAAUUAAAAUGGCAAGUGUAACUGUGAUACAAUCUGCGCAAAUAUCACAUCAGAGGUGGAUCCAAGAUUUUUGAAUAAGACUGGGCAGAAAUGGCAAAUAUGAAAAAAGAGAAGGGCAUAGAUGACAAUUUUCUUAGAUUGUCCUCAAAGAAAUCUGCUAUAGCAGAAAAGAAUCUGUGUGGCGCUCAAUCCCUCCCCCAUAAUCAGGUUUUCAUAGGCAUGUACAAGUACUACUAAAACCAAAUUUGACACUUCCAAAUAGAACAAAUUGUAUUUUCUCUGGUACGGACUGCCAUGUAUUUCUCUCAACAGGAUCAGUUGGGUGUUUUAACUACAGGCAAUUCGGAUAUAUAUCCUGCUCUUGCAAAAAAAACUGAACUAGAAAAAAUACCAAAGAGCAUAUUUCAUGUCUAGCCCAGUAUCAGAUAUUAAGGGAGUGUAUCAGCAGCAUGGGUCCUCCCAUUCUCACAUGCUUGAUUAUGAUAUUUUUCUGGUCAUAAUCUACUUAGAAACAAGAUGUGAUAUGGAAGCUGCAAAGACAGAGGAAGCUGCAAGAGGAUUUGAGGAUGGAAUUAUCAAGAAUUAGUACCCAGCACUCACAGAUAGAAAAGAAUCAUGGGUGAAGCAGUAUGAAAUAAGCAGAUUAUAACUCACGUUGCUCUUCACCCCUAGUGUGAAUGGUUGAAGUGACAUUGGCCCCAAUAAAGAUGACGAAAUCAUGACAUCACUGGAAGAAUUGCUGAACAACAACAUAACUGGUGAGAACGGGUCUCUUGUAAUACAUACUGAGAUGUACUUUGAAAGAGAUUUAUGAGGCAGCUUUGAAUUCAAUAGGGGGCAGAAGAAGAAAGGUGAUCGUCAAUGAUGAAGGAAGAAAAAAAAACGUAUUAUUGAUAUGUUACUGGCUUUGUGCCUUUUGCCCUC